GCAGCCUCCUACUUCCUGGCUGGCGCCACCAUGACUGGCGGCACCAUCACGGUGGAGGGGUGCGGCAGCGAGAGCCUGCAGGGCGACGUGCGGUUUGCCGAGGUGAUGGGGCUCAUGGGAGCCACGGUGGAGUGGCAGCCCUACUCCAUCACCAUCACAGGCCCGCCCCGCGGCCAGCUCAAAGCCAUUGACCACAAUUGCAACGACAUCCCCGAUGCCGCCAUGACGGCGGCGGUGGCGGCGCUGCUGGCCGACGGCGCCACCGCCAUCCGGGACGUGUACAACUGGCGGGUGAAGGAGACGGAGCGCAUGAAGGCCAUCGUGGCGGAGCUGACCAAGCUGGGGGCGAGCGUGGAGGAGGGGCACGACUACUGCGUCAUCACGCCGCCCAAGGAGGUGAAGCCCGGGGUGGCGAUCGAGACGUAUGACGACCACCGCAUGGCCAUGGCCUUCUCCCUGGUGGCCGCGUGCGGCGUGCCCGUCACCAUCCUGGACCCCGGCUGCACCCGCAAGACCUUCCCCACCUACUUCCGGGUCUUUGAGACGGUGGCCAAGCACUGAGGCGUGCGGCGCGCCGCGGCGCGGGCCCGCGCAGGCCGCCCAGCUGCGGGGCGGGCGGCGGGCUGUGGCCAUGCACUGGCCCCUGCGGCAUGCCAUGCGGCGGGCCCUGCCCGCGCGCUGAGCGCUAAGGCCUAGGGAGGACAGCGCAGCGUAGCACGGCGCGUCCACCGCGUGCAGCGCAAGGUGCUUGUUCCACCAGCCGGCCUUUUUGUUUUCCCUCCCAGCGAGAGCCUCCCCAGUUCAGUUGCCGGCAGCGCCGAGCGCCCUCUCCCAUUCUUGCGCUCCUUUUGCUCCCCCGUGCGCUUCCUUCCAGCAAGGAGUGAUGAACAAUACUUCCUUUAGGCCAUAGCCGCUUACAUGUCGGUCCCCUGACCCCCCCUCACUUCCUUUCAUUCGUUUUGCAAUGCACGUGCUGCUAGCUGUGACCGCAAUUGCAUC